CGAGCAGAGGUUCCGUCAACGACCCGCCGAGAUGUUCUCCGGUUGGCUGGUUGCGGCUCUCGGUCUGACCAUGACCCGCCGGUCCUGCUCCUCUCUGUCGGUACCGGACAUCGCCGCGUACUUCGGCACCAAAACCCGGUACGAGGAAGUGAACCCGCACCUGCUGCGGGACGUUUUAACCGUGAACGCGUCCGUGCUGAGACCUCCGGCCACCGAGCGCUGCGUCCCGGUCCACCUCACCGCCGUCAUCCGCCACGGCAGCCGGUACCCGACCGUCAAGAACAUCCGCAGGAUCCAGAGACUCAGCGAGCUGGUCCGCAGAGAAGCGAGCGGAAGCCCCGGGGGGUCCGGGGGGUCCGGGGGGGCCGCGGGGGCCGCGGACUGGCUCCAGGACGUCCAGAGCCGCUGGGAGAUGUGGUACACCGAGGACAUGGACGGCCAGCUGGUGCUGAAGGGCAGAGAGGACCUCCGUCAGCUGGCGGCGCGUCUCUCCCUCUUGUUCCCGUCCCUGCUGACGGAGGAGAACGAGAUGAGCAUCAGUCUGAGGAGCAGCUCCAAGCAUCGCUGUGUGAGCAGCGCCGAGGCCUUCCAGGAGGGUCUGCAGCUCCACUGGAGACACAGCGACGUGCAGUACCGCCACCUGGUGGACGACAAGCUGAUGCGUUUCUUCGAACGUUGCCGUGGUUACGUGGAGGGGGUGGAGAAGAACCGCACGGCGCUGCUGGAGGUGCACAAGUUCAAACACGGGCCGGAGAUGGAGCGCGUGAAGAGGAAGGUUGCCGGGAGGCUUGGCCUCCACCAGCACCACCUCACAGCGGAUCUGGUGGAAGCGGCGUUCUUCUUGUGUUCCUACGAGCUCUCCAUCAAAUCUCUCCACUCAUCCUGGUGUUUCCUGUUUGACGAAGAUGAUGCAAAGGUGUUGGAGUACAAAUCCGACCUGAAGCAGUACUGGAAGCGUUUCCAUGGUUACAUGAUCAGUAGCCUGUCCAGCUGUCCUCUGUUCCAUCACAUCUUCAGGACUCUGGACAAAGCAGGACGACCUCGCCGGUCCACCGACGCUCCUCCCGAGCCGGCCUCCAUCCUGAUUGGUCACGCCGAGACGCUCCUCCCCCUCCUCUCCUUGCUGGGACUCUACAAGGACCAGACUCCACCCACCGCCGACAACUACCACACGCAGCACGGCAGGAGCUUCCGGUCCGGCCUCAUUGUCCCGUACGCCGCCAACCUGCUCUUCGUCCUGUACGACUGCCAGCGGGGCCCCCGGCUGCAGCUGCUAGUCAACGAGUCGCCAGUUCGAUUCCCAGGGCUGGAGACGGAGGACGCGCCGCUGUACCGGGACGUUCGGGCGGCGUACCGCCACCUUCUGGACGGCUGUGACUUCCAGCGGGAGUGCGAGGGGACGAGCGUCGGCGGCCGGGGCCCGAACAUCGAGCUCUGAGGCCUCGGCCUUAAUCAAUGCCUUCAUUUAUUGAUCACGUGCUAAAGAGUUUAGCGCCUCUUGCUGGUCGGUUGGUGGAACUGAAGAGGAGCUUUUCAGUAUCACGUUGCAACUUCUUGAAAUACAAAAAGGUUUGAAACCGUUCCUCUUUGGCCUCUCUGAGUCCCGCCCCUUCCUGUGUCCACCAAUGACAUGUGGUCAUCGGACCGACCGUUAAGAUCUAUAAUGUAGCCGUGCCGGCUAACACGGCUAGGUUCUUUCUAGCGAGGAAGGAAAUGAACGGUCUCCUGAGAACUUUGAUUUAUGAAAAAUGUUUUGUGAUUCAUCAUUGGUUCCCGAUUCCAAGGGGAUCAAACUUCUAAAUUCAUGUGAACUCAGGUUUCUGUAAUUUUAGAUUUUACUUUUAAAUUAAAUAAGCAUUCAAUUCAAGUCCUUGGAUUAGAAAAAGUUUUAAAAUUUCCUUUUUAUUUUAAGGACACUCGAGUCAAACCGGCUGCGGCUCUUUUUUGGUGAACUGACCUUUUAAUCUGUCAGUUAUGAGAAUGAUUUUUCAGGGUUGUUUUCCAUCUUUAUUUAUUUGAAUGAUCAUGUGAUUGUUUGCUUUAAAGCUGCACUUCCUGCAAGCAGAUGCUGCUGUGGUGUUUUUUCACAAUAAGAGUCCUGUUACGGAGAGCAUCAAGCAGCUCUGGUUCUGAUUCUAGAUCAGUUUAAAUAUUAAAAUGAGGCUUUGGUUUCCACUCUUUUGACUCGCGGAGUUAUCGCACAACUAUACCAAAUGUUUACACGAUGAGCUUUAAUAAACCUUUUUCCACUCAUGA